CGAAAAAUGAAUUUGAUUUUGAUGAUGACUUUAAUUUCAUUACAAUUAUGCAAUGCCGAACACAUUCUCAUGAUAACAAUGGGUGGCACAAAAUCUCAUAAAAUACCAUUUUGGGAAUUGGCCAAAGGACUUAUCGAAAAGGGACACCAUGUAACUUUCCUCAGUGGAUUUAAAGCUGAUUUUCACAUAGAUGGCCUUAAGGAAAUUACACCAAUGCAUUUGGUCCAUUACAUUCAGAACUACACAGAUUGGGAUUUGGUAGGGGCACGUUAUGCCCACAAACGUCCAGUGCCCGUUUGGCAGGCACUACGAUAUCCAGCUGAGGCAUGCAACAGUUUGUUAGAAUCCGAUGACCACACUGGAGUUACCGUAACUGAUGAAUUAUUGACACAAAGAUUCCAUUUAGCCAUUGUUGAUGGUGCAUUUCCGGAGUGUGCUUUGGGCAUCGUACAUCGUUUGGGUCUACCGUUCAUGUUUAUCAAUACGGUUGGUUUCUAUACAGGAAGUCUGGCAAUGGCAGGAAAUCCAAUUGCAUACGCCGUAACGCCUCAUGUCUUUACGGCAUUAACAGAGACAAUGAAUCUGUGGCAGCGUAUAGAGAAUUAUGUGACACAUCUAUUGGCCGAUUUAUUGCACAAGUUCUAUAGUAAUCAGGUGCAUGCAGUUCUAAUCCAACACUUUAGCACCAGCAUACCUCAUCCUUAUGCAUUGAUGCGCAACGUUUCCAUCAUCCUGCAGAACGGUCAUGCCAGCAUAACAUACGCCCGCCCCUACUAUCCGAACGUUAUCGAAAUUGCUUGUCUACACUGCAGGCCUGCUGGCAAAUUACCGCAAGACCUGGAGCAGUUCAUGGAAACAGCUCCGGCGGGUGUGAUAUUUUUCUCAAUGGGCUCAUCGGUGAGGGCAGCAAAUAUGCCCGAAGAGUUCCGUCACAUGCUCAUCGAAGUAUUUUCGCGUUUACCACAAUAUCAUGUUCUUUGGAAGUGGGAUGGAAACGGCACUACAACCGGUGACCAGUUGAGAGCGCCAAUAUUGCCCAAUGGGCCUCAUCAAAAUAUGAGCGGCAUCAGCAGGAAUGUUCGUUUGAGUGGUUGGUUGCCGCAACAGGACAUAUUAGGCCACCGGAAGUUGAAGGCUUUCGUCACACAUGGUGGUCUGCUUAGCAUGUACGAAGCCAUUUAUCAUGCGGUACCUAUGGUCAUGCUGCCCGUAUUCUGUGACCACGAUGUAAAUGCAGCCAAAGCCGAAUCGGAUGGCUAUGCUAUACGUUUACCGCUCGAAACGAUAACGGCAGAUAAACUCUACCAGGCCAUAAUGGCCAUUAUAAACAAUGACAAAUACAAAAGAAAAAUCCACGAGAAAAGUCAAUUGUUAUUGGAUCAGAUGACAAAACCGAUGGCCACAGCAAUUUAUUGGGCAGAAUAUGUAAUGAAGCACAAGGAUGUGUCGCACUUACAAUCGCCAGUGCGGAAUAUGAGGCUCAAUAUGGCAUGCUAUUCCAAAUGUUGUCUUAAUCGGGCAACCCUUGGAAGUUUGGUGAAAUUGAACGAAAAUAUAGUAAAGCGAAAGCAACAACAAGCACAACAACAGCAAGUCAGUGGCAGUGCUAAACGCCUGGUAUCACAUUUCACAAAUAAUCAUAUCAAUCCCUAUGUACCACGUUACUAA